UGAAAUUUGGCUAGCCAACAUGGCUGACGAGCUGGAUGUUGUUGAUAUCGAAGGAGACGAAUAUGAUCCUAAUUUAGGGGACUUCGGUGACAGAGCAGUGUUACUCCAGAACCAGUACAUGCUGUCAGCAUGGAAGACCAAUAUUGGGGUCCUACCGUGGGAACUGGACAGCUCCAUCAGUGCAGAGAACAGAGAAGUGAUAGAGAACAUGCUGCUGGAGGAACAGUAUUAUUUGACAGGUAAAGAGAUGCCCAAGAGUGUGUGGGCCAACGUGCCACCUAACCCUAAACCCAAAUUGAAGAGGUCUCCAGCCAAGUCCUCAGCUUCAGGCUCCUCUACAGCCACUCGCUGGUCUCAGCAGGAGAAGGAGCUGUUUGAGACAGGACUGGCUCAGUUUGGCCGUAGAUGGACUAAGAUCUCCAAGUUGGUAGGCAGCCGGACCGUUCUCCAGGUGAAGAGCUACGCCAGACAGUACUUCAAACACAAGGCUAAAUCAGAGGGCAAUACUACUGCUGUGGUGCCUUCUACAGCCCCAGUGGUGUUAGGCCAGGUCCCAGAGACAGGGUCAGCAGUGUCCACCUCUGGCCUGUCUGUCCGCAGCCACCUGUCAGCUCUGACCAACGCUGUCCGGAUAGAGAGACUGGGUGACGAAGAGGAGGAGGAGGUGGACAUCACUGAUGACCUCAGCGAUGAGGGCGGGAGUGGAGGAGGGGAUGGAGGGAUGGGAGAAGAAAACGGACGAGAAAACAGAUGGAUUGAGGGGAAUGGAGAGGACCUCCAGGCAGGAGUUAAUACUGAGACAUGUGAGCCUGGAGCCCCAGAGGAGCUGGACAACCAGGGAGAGACCCACCAGGACCAACCCAACCAGACACACCCCAGGCUGGGAGAGACUGAUCAGGAGCAGCCUAACUGUAGCCCUCCAUCCUCCCUCACAGCUCCUUCCCCCUGCCUAACAGAGCAGGCUCCCAGCGGACCGUGUGAGGGGGGCACCCAGAGAGACCCAGUAGAGUCUGGAGAGGAAACAGGGGGGUCUAGGUGGGCAGGGGAUGGGGAGGAGUCUGGAGAGGAAGAGGAGGAGCUUAAAGCCCCAGAGCAGGAAGUGGAGCUGGACCCGGCAACCAUCACAGAGGAGGAGAAACAAGCUAUUCCAGAAUUCUUUGAGGGACGACCAUCCAAAACCCCAGAGAGAUAUCUGAGGAUCAGGAACUACAUCCUGGACCAAUGGUUGAAGAGUAAGCCCAGGUACUUGAACAAGACGUCAGUGCGUCCUGGCCUGAAGAACUGUGGAGAUGUCAACUGUAUUGGCAGAAUACACACCUACCUGGAGUUGAUAGGAGCCAUCAACUUCAACUGUGACCAGGCGGUGUAUAACCGUCCCAGGGUGGUGGAUCGGUCCAAACCCAGAGACAGCAGAGACACUCUGGAAUACCAGCUGGCACAGAGACUACAGAGCAUGCGAACCAGGAAGCGUCGUGUGAGGGACUUGUGGGGGAACUGGCAUGACGCUAAAGACCUGGAGGGACAGACAUUCGAGCAUCUGAGUGCAGAGGAGCUAGCCCUGAGGAGAGAGGAGAUGAGGAGACAGUCUAAAUCCUGUAAGGUCUCCAGGCACAGAAGGUUGUUGGAUCCGUUCCAGUUGAUUCCGUGCCGUAUGUUUGGAGAGGACAGACAGGAGCCCUUCCAGGUGCUAGUUUGUGCUGAGGCUCUCCUCAUCAUGGACAUGCAUGCUCAUGUGUCGAUGGAAGAGGUUAUCGGGCUACUGGGAGGAGCUUACAGCGAGGAGGAGGACAAAGUCCUGAAGAUCGUUGCAGCGGAGCCGUGUAACAGUGUGAGUACAGGUCUGCAGUGUGAGAUGGACCCGUUGUCUCAGACUCAGGCCUGUGAGAUGCUGUCUAGCCUGGGCUUGGCUGUAGUGGGAUGGUACCACUCUCACCCCACCUUCCACCCUAACCCCUCUCUACGGGAUAUACACACACAGGACCAGUUCCAGACCACCUGCCUGAUGGUCAGAGAGGACCAAGGACCUACAGGACCACAGAAGCUGCCCUACAGGUUUGACUACCAGUGUUCCCAGCAGCAGCCUGACUGGAGCCAGUUGAUGAGGAGGGCAGAGUGGAUCAUGUACAAAUAUAAACAUGCCCACUUCAGUGUCCAGAUGGACAGGCUGUUCCGCAGGGACUCUAAUCUCACCUGUCUCGAGAAGAUGAUGGCAUCUUUAGGGAGGUAUCUGGAGCCCCUGCCAGAGGAGGGAGAUCCCUUCCUUUCCCAGAUCCAUGCUCUCUUCCAGUCUCACUUAGUUUCGAGCAACCCAGAGACCAGGAUGAGGGCGGAACCUUUAGCUCCUCAGAGACAAUCAACACCCAUGCCUUCACCUUCACUCAGCCAAUCAACAUCAACGGAACAGAAGACACAGGAACACAGGAAGAUGGGAGAAUGAAUCUGUCUCUCCAACUGAUCAUUUAGAAACGCCUAAUAUAGAAACUAUUAACUCACACACAGCUAACCAAGAGAGCUUACAUCCAAUACAGUUUGGUUCUGUGUUGUUGACUGGUCAUGAUUAUCUAUUCUGAAUCUAAUAGGUUUCUUUAUGUAUCCAGUUCUUCGUUUUUUAGCCAGUUCUUUAGGUUCAUUAGUAGGCGUACUUGAUUUAGUUAGACUGUAGCUCUCGAGAACCCAAAGGGGCCCAAGGUGGCUUACAGCCGGUCCCCAUCUUCGGUUCUCAGCAGAUGGUAUGGAGGACAGCUGGCUCCAUGUGAACUACAUUCCCAACUAUCUGUUUUAACGUUUAGACACGUUAAUAAUCCUUGCAAUACGGUUUUGGAAACAUUUGGAACUCAACUUUCAGUAACAGCAAGAGAGAAUCUUUAAAGUACAAAAGAUAAGCUUACUGUACCGACUGUAACACGGCCUCCAAAUUAUGUCUCGUUCAUAUGAAAGUUAAGUUCCUAAUAUUUACUAAACGAUAUUGCGUGAAUGGCGUAUUUACGUUUAGGCAUAAUUUUGGCAGCGUCGGGGCAUUUGCCUCACAAGGCUAAAGGGGACAUCCAAUGGCUCAAUGUAAUGCAAUGGAAUUGGAGUCAGGAAUAAAUGUUAUUUUUCAUACCAUAUGUAUAGUAGGUUAUACGAAUCCACCUUUUUAAAAAAGGAACGAAAGUCAAACAUUUCGAUGUUUGGGUUUGCACUUUUGAUGUUCAAAUGUUUUAUGGUUUAGUUACCCAUCAGUAAUACUUAAAGAAAAACAGAACAUAGUACGCUGUACCUGUAUCACUGUCGAUAAUAAAAUGUGCAUAAUGUA